AUGGCAUCAAUGGCUUCACUAGAUAUUUUCUCAGAAGGGGAGCGGUUCGAUCCCAAAAAGCUGCAAGAGAAAAUGCGGAUAAACAGGUAUGCAUUUUCUGGUGGACAAGAUUCAAUAGAGAAACAUAGAGAACUUGGAGCACAUCGCGAGCUUACAGGUGUUGAUACGUUGAAUACAAUUGGCUACAUAUAUGCCAGAAAGUCAGCAAAAGAGCUACAGAUGCUUGCAAAGAUAGGAUUUCAUGAAGGCUUGCUUUCCAGUGAGCAAGGUGCCUACAUUGCAGAGUCUAUCGCUGCUAAAAACAUGAAACAAGCGAAGAGCCGUUUUCGGAUGUAUGAGGAUGCCACAGAUCAUGGUGGUUCUAAUCAUUCUGCAAAAGUAGAGCCAUCCAAUGGUUGUACAGGUGAAAGGGAAACUGGGAAGUCUGCAAAGAAACUUGUCGCAUUACAAUCAUUUUGA